UGCAGGAAUCUCUGCUCUGCUCUGCUCUGCUCUGAGGCAGGGUUUGGGGGGGAGAGGAGGCCGUUCUGUGGAGAGAGGGGGUCGUGGUGGGCCGGAGCGCAGCUCCCCGCGUGUGUGGCGGGGCGUGCGAGGGGGCUGUUUGGUUACGGAGCAUGGGGAAGGACCAGGAACUGCUGGAAGCUGCUCGCACUGGGAACGUGGCUCUGGUGGAGAAACUCCUCUCUGGGAGGAAAGGAGGGAUCCUGGGCAGUGGAUCUGGAGCUAUUCCCUUAUCCAGCUUACUGAGCAUCUGGAGAGGACCAAAUAUAAACUGCACAGACAGUUCAGGUUAUACUGCUUUACACCAUGCAGCUUUAAAUGGACACAAAGAUAUAGUUCUCAAAUUACUUCAGUAUGAAGCAUCAACUAAUGUGGCAGAUAACAAAGGUUAUUUUCCUAUUCACUUGGCUGCAUGGAGAGGAGACGUAGACAUUGUGAAGAUUCUCAUCCAUCAUGGGCCAUCACACUCCAGAGUGAAUGAACAGAACAAUGAAAAUGAAACAGCAUUGCAUUGUGCAGCUCAAUACGGUCAUUCAGAAGUAGUUGCUGUUCUUUUAGAAGAGUUAACAGACCCUACCAUAAGGAACAACAAACUAGAAACACCUCUAGAUCUGGCAGCACUUUAUGGGCGUCUGCGAGUCGUAAAAAUGAUCAUCAAAGCAUAUCCAAACUUGAUGAACUGUAAUACAAGGAAACACACGCCUUUGCAUCUUGCUGCACGUAAUGGCCACAAAGCUGUUGUACAGGUGCUUCUGGAGGCUGGAAUGGAUGUCAGCUGCCAAACAGAGAAAGGGAGUGCACUGCAUGAAGCAGCCCUAUUUGGAAAGGUGGAGGUAGUACGCAUUUUGCUUGAAACAGGAAUUGAUACCAACAUAAAGGACAGUUUGGGUAGAACAGUUCUAGAUAUUCUUAAAGAACAUCCAUCUCAGCAGUCGCUCCAAAUUGCUGCUCUGCUUCAAGAGUAUAUGGAAACUGGAAAUGCAAGUGUUUCAGAGGAACCCCCACUGGAAUGUGCAGAACAUCAGUCUUGCAUUUUGUCCCCAGAAGUUUCUCCGUCUCCGAAGGCUAAAAGUGAAGCUGUGACUGGAGAAUUAUCAAAGCUUCUAGAUGAAAUCAAAUUGUGCCAAGAAAAGGAAUACUCUUUUGAAGAUCUAUCUCAUACAAUAUCAGACCAUUAUCUGGACAAUUUUAGUAAAGUGUCAGAGGAAGAAUUUUUGACCAGUGGAAGCCAAACCAAGCUUAAUGUGAGGCUUUCUUCGACGUGUCUAUCACCGAGAGAGGAAGAAGAUGAUGAUGCAGGUGAAAAUACUUGUGGUCCUUCAGGUUUAUGGGAGGCAUUAACACCUUGUAAUGGAUGCAGAAACCUCGGAUUCCCCAUUCUUGCACAGGAAUCUUAUUCAAAGAAGAGAGUUUAUGCAUUGGAAGCAAUACCCUCUGUUCCUCUGGCUGCAGUUCCUUCAGAAAAUGUCAGCAGUCUUUGUGAUUCGAUAGACAUAGCAGUGACCAAAAAACCUUGUUCCCUAGAGAUAGCAAGACUACCUUCCUCGAGACAAGAUAGUGCACCUCAGGUAGCAAUUACCGCACCAGGAUCUGGUAACCAUAGAAACAGCUCUACAGGCCCAACACCUGACUGCUCUCCUCCAUCACCAGACACUGCACUUAAAAACAUAGUAAAAGUUAUACGUCCUCAGCCCAAGCAGCGCACAUCAAUAGUAUCUUCUCUGGAAUUUCACCGAAUGAAUCACAGCCAUGAGUAUUUUGAAAUCAACUCAUCCAUUGGCUGUACAAGUUUUAUUUCCACUCCUGCAAUCAGUCCAGCUAAUUAUUCCUUUGGAUCUGUGGAAGACAGUGUUGAAGAGAGAGAGCUUCCAGAGCGUCUUUGCCAGAGAGAAGCAUCCACUGAUAGUGAGCUUCCUGAAGGACACCCCGCUGAGCAGUUUGCAGGUUUACUUCAUGGAUCGUCACCUGCCUGUGACCCACCUGAUAAUCCACUCCAGCUGUACAGCAAAGCAAACCAGUGCCGUGGUCCAGGGGAGAAAAGCAUUUUGAACAGGAACACAGUACAGCAGAUACAGCUGAGGAAAGAAAGCAACCCUGAUCCUCCUGUUAAGAAAAAAAAGCCACAAGUUGUAAACAGAACCAUAUUUCAUACUAAAACUAAACCAGUGGAAAAUCAUACACUGGUUGGCACAACAACAAGGAUAAAUGAACAAUGGGUUAUUACUACUGGAGGAUUUGUGGAGCGAGCAUGCACGCUCGGAAGAAUACGUUCUUUACCAAAGACUUUGCUUGAAAUGCAUUUAUGCAAAAAUGUUUCAAAAUCUGAUUCCAAUCUUAUCUCCCAUCCACCAAAUGACAAAAAAGCAAGAAGCAACUGGAGUGAACCCACACCAAAUCGUCAGUGCACUAAAGGAAAUUCUGAAAGAAUACCUUCCUUCACAUCAGAAUGGGAAGAAAUUGAUAAAAUUAUGAGUUCAAUAGAUGCUGGAAUUAAUACUGGACUAGAGGAGAUGAAUGAUCACUCUACAAGACCCCGAUGCCCUGUCCAGACAGUGGGACAAUGGUUGGAAAAUAUUGGGCUACCUCAGUAUGAAAACCACUUGCUGGCUAAUGGAUUUGACAAUGUGCAAUUUAUGGGAAGCAAUGUAAUGGAGGAUCAGGAUCUAUUGGAAAUAGGAAUACUUAACUCUGGACACAGACAGAGAAUUCUACAAGCAAUCCAGCUUCUCCCAAAGAUGAAGCAGAUCGGUCAUGAUGGCUACAACCCCACCUCUGUAGCUGAAUGGCUGGAUUCCAUUGAACUGGGUGACUAUACCAAAUCCUUUCUAAUUAAUGGCUAUACAUCGAUGGACCUCGUAAAAAAAAUCUGGGAGAUCGAAUUAAUUAAUACAAAAAAGUGUGCUCUUCCUUCUGAUACAGAAGAUAUUGCAUCUCUGCCUCUAACCAUCGUUACUGCCUGGCUGCCAGAGUGCUCAAAGGGCUACCAGUACCCAGAGACAAUCAAGUAUAAGAUAGAGCAGCUGAUGCAAUUUUACACAGGGGAACAGUUCCCACUUCCCAGCAUGCCACAGCUAGAGAUAUGGAGAACAUAA